AUGUCGGACACGGAGCCCACACCCACCGAAGCGGGCGCCGAGCGCGUGCUCACCAACAAAGAGAAGCGUCAGUUGGCGGUGGCGCAGAAGAAAGCGGCCAAGGAGGCUGCUGCGGCACGCAAGGCUGGCGGUUCUGCCGACAUUGCUGCUGGAACCAAGCGCAAGGCUGACGACGACACUCCCCUCACCACCACCGAUGCCGCCGCUGACGGUGAAGCCGAAGAGGAAGUGGAAGCCAUCUCGCACAAAGAACAACGUCGACGGAAGAAAUUGGCCAAGCUCGAUCCUUCCACCUCCUCCUCGGAUCCUAGCCCGAACAACCUCGUCCACCCAGACCGAGCAGCCCCCCUCCCUCGCAGUCAGUACAGCGUGUGGGUGGGCAACCUCUCCUUCUUCACCGCGCCCGCCAAGCUCAUCGACUGGUUCGCCCAACGCGGCGUUGAUGGGAUUUCGCGCGUCAACAUGCCCAAAGGUGCGCGGCGGGCCGAGAUGAACAAAGGGUUUUGUUACGUCGAUCUGCCCAGCAAGGAUGCUCUCGUAGCAGCGGUGAAUCUGUCUGAGCAACCGUUGGAUGGGCGGAAGCUGUUGAUCAAGGAUGGGGGUGAUUUUGCGGGGAGACCGGAGAUCAAUGGAAUUGCGCUCGGUGUUGCACGAUCCCUUCCGAGCGCUACGACCAACUUGCAUGCGAACAAAGACGACGAGGAGGGAGAUGAAGAGGAGAAGGGAGAGGAGAAGGGAGAAGGGGAGAGAAAGGGCAAGACGGGUCUCACCAAGACCGCUCAGAAGAUUCUGAGGGCGCAGAAGAACGCGCCUAGCAUGACGUUGUUCCUAGGCAACCUCAGCUUCAAUACCACCGAGCAAGGGGUGAGGGAUCUGUUCGACCGGUCGGCGGGUCUGCGCAACCCGGCGCCCAAGAAGAAGAUGAAGAAGGAUAGGAAAAAGAGCGAGCGGAAACCCAAGGCUUCUUCAUCCUCGUCCUCAUCUUCGGAUUCGGAGAGCGAUUCUGAUUCGGACAGCGAUUCGGACAGCGACUCCAGCAGCUCCUCCUCCUCCUCCGCUACCGAAGACGAAGAGGAGUCCACCCCCACCGACUCCUCCAAACCCGCCACGCCGGCUCUGGGCGAAGUCACCCCUUCCCCCGCUGGCAUCCGCAAAGUUCGUCUGGGCACCUUCGAAGACGCCCCCGACAAAUGCAAGGGUUUCGGCUUUAUCGAUUUCCACACGAUCGAGCAGGCCACUGCGUCGCUCAUCGAUGCGCGCAACACCUUCCUGGACGGACGCAAGAUUCUGUUGCAGUAUGCUUCGGCGGAUGCGACGCGAAGGGGUGCUGGCAAGGCUUCGCGCGAGGCACUGGGGAAGAAGGGCAAGAAUGAGCUCAGGGUUGGAUUUAUGAGGAAGGAUCAGAUGACGAGGCCUAGGAGAGAGAGGGUGGAGGAGGAGAAGGUGGCACCGGUGCCGGGAAGUUUCGAUCCUGACGCACCGCUGCCCAAGAAGCAUAAGGAGACCAAGGAGGAGCGUAUGGCGCGCAGAGCCGAGAAGGGCGAGAGGGGACCGGCAAGGAGGGCAAAACCCGGUGCUGCGCUGGCCAAUGCUCAACGCGCCAGCACUGGUAUCGUGCAGAGCACUGGAACGAGGGUCACUUUCGACGAGUGA